AUGAGAUCAACGAGCCCCGGUGGUAACCCAAAUGAGUCAGGGUCGAGCCCGAAGGGGCCUUCUGCAAAGGAUCCGCAGAAUUAUACGUUGACACAAAAAUCUCGAAGAAAAAGAUUUAGAGAAUGGCUUCAUCAUCAUAGAGGCGAAGCUUCUCCGCCAAGUAGAGGAGACGAGAGUAUUUUAAUUGACGUGGGAGACGAGUAUUUGAAUUCCCAGAAUGGCCUUUCUUUUAUUCCUGUCUUUUCCGCGGAUGAGGCCGAAGGCUGGAAAAGUAACACUCCACAGCGGCGGUCUUCCAAGAAGCUCAGAGAAUUACUUAGGCAUUGUAUGAAACGAAGACAUAUGGGAGAUGACGGGUUUGCCAAGGACGCAAACUUUGUGCUUAAAUCACAGCGUCGCAAAGAUGCAGAGCAGACUGCGUCGUCAAGUGAAGAGGAUAACAGAAAGAUUUUUAAUGAAACUAGUGUAGAAGGACUUGCGGAAGACGGUACAGAUCUGGUAGAUGAUUCCGCUGUUAAUGGAUAUGCGAGUUAUUGUUUGAAAAGACCACAAGAAACUUUUGAUCCCGUGUUUGAGAGUAACAAAAAGCUUCAUUUCGAAUCGGUGGAUCACAAUUCACCACUGAUGGCCAAAUCCAGCCCGUGUGAAACGGAUGUCCAUAAUGAAGAAGUAGAUGAAGUUAUUGAAGAGCCCAAUUUUACGAGUUCUUCGGUUUAUUCGAGCGAGAAAUCAUUCGAUCGCACAAUAUGUCGGGGUUCCUUGCGAGUUUCUGAAUAUGAUUACAAUGUGGCUGGCCCGCGUUCGAAUAUGCUGGAUUUUAAAAAUGUGAACAGCGAGCCUUGCGUCCCUGAGCAUGAUUAUGAUGAUGACCUAUAUGGAAAUCCCUAUAUCGACAGCGACUGUUUUGAUAAUAAUCUCAAUUCUUUACUAAUCCCGACUUUCCGUCAAAGUGCAGAAUGGGGUGUCACUAAAAUAGUGGAAAAUGUCAAUAAUGGCACUAUAAGCAAUCAAGAUCUAUUAGAAGUUGCCAAUGCUGGUGCUGUCAAUUUGGAUUUUAGGGACAAAGAGUUUUUCGACACUGCCGUUAAUCUCGACAAAGUUCGAAACGAUCAGACAAUUCUCAACAGUGGUAUCAAGUUUGAUAAGUUUUCACACCUUUUAGUUUAUGACGCUGGAACGGGAUGCGAGAAAAAUGUCAAGAUUGUAUCACCGGAGAAUGAGUCCAGAAGUCAGCCACGUUCGUGUACGACUUUGUCGUCCAAACCGGGAAAGCCUAUACUCAAAAAUAGGGUCAAUACAAAGGCAGUAGAAGAGAGCUUUCGAGCCAAGACUUGCGACGAAAUCGAUGUGUUUUCUUUUCUCAGGUUUUUUAGAAAUCAUGAAAUGGAGAGGCGCGAAGACGAAGUUCAAGUUGGCAAAAUUCGAGACCUUCAAUUGUUACAUUAUUAUUCGACUAACUUGAAUGCGCGCUCUGCCAAAAUAGAUUUGGAACUUUACAAGAGCAAAUUGGCUACAGAACUAAAUAUUGGACGUUCUUUACCAAGAGAUUUGAAGAAAAAGGCAUCUCCGCCUUUUGUGAAGCGCAAAUCAGAUGAUAAGCGGUUUGCCAAAAUUCAAAUUUGUCAUUGA